AUGGCGGGCGGCCCGGCCGCGCUCGCCCUCGGUGUCCUGCUGGCCGCGUGCCACGCGCUGGACAACAGCACGGCCGGCCGGAGCGCCCCGGUGGCGGCGGCGGUGAGGUCGCACUUCAACGAGUGCCCGGACUCGCACCGGCAGUUCUGCUUCCACGGCACGUGCCGCUUCCUGGUGCAGGAGGAGAAACCGGCGUGUGUGUGUCACUCGGGGUACGUGGGGACGCGCUGUGAGCACGCUGACCUGCUGGCCGUGGUGGCAGCCACCCAGAAGAAGCAGACCAUCACCGCCCUGCUCGUGGUGGCCGUGGUGGCCUCGGCCCUGCUCGUCACCGUCUGCGUCCUGGUCCACUGCUGUCGCCUGCGGAAGCGCUGGCCCUGUCCCUGUCCCUGUCCCGGUUGGUGCCGCGAGCCCGGAGCCGGCCCCGAGAAACCGGGGGGGCUGCUCAAGGGGGGAGCGUCCUGCUGCCACAGCGAGACAGGUGAG